CCUCCGACAAUCCUCCCCUUGGCCGCUUCAUCACCCAUUCUUCACGCCGUAUUCCAGAAGAGAUAUGCGAGUAGAGGAAGUGAAUAUCAACCAUCCCAACGCAAGCGCAAACGCAAGCAUGGCUUUCUGGCUCGGAAGAGAACCGCCAGUGGCAGGAGAAUCCUCAUGAGACGGAGAGCUAAAGGGCGCAGCACCCUCAGCCAUUGA